AUGUAUAGAAAUCAUGUACUUACAAAGAACAUUCAAGAGUUGCCAACUUUUAAUUUGAAAAAUCCUGACUCAAGAGUCAAGGGUACCAAAAAUAGAAAGGCUCUUUUAAGGGCAGCAUUGCCGCAACAGAAUGCUAUGAUAUUAGUUUUCAUGGCAGUCGACAGAUACACAUGUAUGUUGCACCCUGAAAAAUAUCACAAGCAUUCGAGUAAAAAAGGCUGUAUGUUGGUGUUGAGUUUGACUCUAGUGGGCUCGUUGACCGCUUUCGGUGCGGCGGUCAUCCGCCGAGGAGGAUACUUCUACAACGGCAAUGGACUAAUGGCGUGCGAGCCGUUUUAUCAGAGGCCGAGUUUGCGAAUAUUGGCCGCCUGCCUGUUUUAUUUCCCCACGACAAUGGCACUAAUGUAUUUCUACGGGUCGGCAUUGCACGUGGACAGGCUCCGGCACAGGCAACAAAUCAACAUAUGCGCCGUUUUAGUGCAACCUAUGUUGCCCAAUAACGCUGGAAAGAACACUCUCGAUGAAGUAUCUGAUCGGUUAGCGUCGAAAGAACUGAGACAAAGCAUUCGAACUACCAGGGCUAUGGGAGCAGUGGCGCUAGGUUUUAUAGUAGCUGUAACUCCUUGGACAAUUCAAGAAGUUGUCACUGCGUGUACAGGCACAAAAAUGCCACCGGCUGUAGAUUUCAUUAUCACGUGGAUAGCACUGAGCAACAGCUUUUGGAAUCCAUUCAUAUACUGGGCKUUGAACCGGAAGUUCAGACGCAUCAGCCGCAGCAUAAUCAAAACCAAAAUUUUCCGUCGUAAAAAGUACAACUCCAGCGUGAUAUCGUCGUCUUGUAAUAUCGGACAUCAGGAAAGUUGUUGCGCUAACAGAGACAUGUGUUUUUCGGCCCUCCAGAAAGACAACGAGGACAUUAUCGAGGUGGACAGGCAAUCGUUGGGAUCUCAAGACAGAGGAGGAUUUCCUCCAACGCCGCCACCGCCGCCACCUUACCACAGAGGAGAUAUACAACACUGUCAUUCCAGGAGAUAUUGAUAUGAUAUAGUAUUUGAAUAAUAAUAUGUUAUAAUGUGACAUUAUAUUAUAUACUUAAGUAAAGUCGAUCAAUCAAAUAACUGUACAUAUAUAAUAAUAUAUAACCAGUGUAUAAAAUAUUAUAGUUAGAGCGAUUUAAGAAUGGUCAAUGUGCAAUAUAAUUAUAGGUAUGAAUCAUAUAAUUUUAAUAGGUAUCGAUUGUUUAACAGGGUGGCUCUGAAUAUAAUUAUGUAAUACAGAGGUUUUUGUAUUUCAAACCUCGAAUUAUUAUUUAUAUAAUGAUAUUCCUCUUAGUUUUUAUUAUUCGUGUACAUUGAACUGAAUCCAAACAUUAAAUUAAGACAUAAAAAUUAGAUCGUUAAGUAUUUAAAUAGUAUCUGAAAUAGGAAUCCACUUGUUGAUUCAUACUGAAUUGCGUGUGAUCUCUAACACAGCGUAAUUUUAAAAUGGACGUUAACAAUUAUUGUUGUAAUUAUAAUAUACCUAUUUAAUUGUCUUUCAAUCAUUUCUAUUUGUGUACAACUCUUUUAGGUGUAUUUAAGAAUUCAUUAAAAAAAAUCAAUCACUUACAAAAUAUCUGAAUACAGAAAAACAAAUCAUUUGUAGUUAUACAUUACAAUUAAUAAUUUACAGAGUAAAUCAGUUUAGUAGUAAUUUUUGCUACUCCGUAUUUAUUGUAUCGUCGAACACCCCGUUGAGUCAAAGAUUUUAGCUAGUAAAUGAUUUUAUAGAUAUUAAAUAUUGAUAUUUGAUAUACAUGAAAAGAUGAAAACGUUUUGUAGUCAUGAAAAUAAUUGAAUUUGUGCUUUAUAGAUUAGGUACCCACCUAUAAUAUGAAAAAAUUGACAUAAACAGUAGGCGUUUAGAAUUUGAUAAGUGUCCUGAAAUAAUAAAAAAAAUAAAAAAAUAUUGGUCAAACAUUUUUAAACUU